AUGGAAGCUCCGCAGAGCUCUCUUCCAUCAGCCCUUGUUUUCUCAUUCAUCGCAAUAGCUUAUCUCUCACUACUCGUCAGAUCGGCCACUCUUUCUUCUCCUGAGCUUCAGAUCCUUAACGCCGAACGCAGAAUUGACUUGACUUCUCACAUUAUCAGAGUGUACUUGACAUUGAAGGUUGAAAAUACUGGGGCAGCUCCUGCUUCAGAAAUCUUUCUUGCCUUCCCACCUGCACAAGUUGAUCAUUUAGCAAUUGUCAAAGCUGCUGCUACCUUUGGAAAGAAGAAAAAGAAAUCUUAUUUGCCUCUUGAUGUGAACCCAACUGACCUGCCUGAUGCGCCCAAUGGAGCUAAAUGCUUCUCCAUAUCUUUGGUCAGUCCAUUGAAGACUGGUGAAUCUGUCACUUUNCCUGAUGCGCCCAAUGGAGCUAAAUGCUUCUCCAUAUCUUUGGUCAGUCCAUUGAAGACUGGUGAAUCUGUCACUUUGGAAGUGCUAUAUAUAUUGUCACACUCGUUAGAACCUUUUCCAAUUGAGAUUAGCCAAUCAGAGUCUCAAUUGGUGUAUUACCAUGACAGUGCAAUAAUAUUGUCACCAUAUCAUAUUAAACAUCAGACAACAUUUAUUAAGACAUCUAGUCCCAAGGUGGAAUCCUUCACAAGAGUGGAACCCUCUGAUCGUGUGGGUACAGAACUGAAGUAUGGACCGUAUGAAGACCGUCAUUCCUAUUCUUUUUCUCCCAUAAUUGUCCAUUUUGAGAAUAAUAAUCCAUUUGCUGUUGUUGAGGAGCUUGUGCGUGAAGUCGAAAUAUCUCAUUGGGGCAGCCUUCAGGUAACGGAGCGUUACAAGUUGGUUCAUGCUGGUGCCCGACACAAAGGCGUGUUUUCAAGAGUGCAACUUCAAAAUGAUAAAGAACUGCCACUGGGCCACCGGGAGCCCUCACAUUUUUCUUCUGAGCUGGAAAUAGAGCCACGGUACCCUUUAUUUGGGGGAUGGAAAGCCACUUUUGUCAUUGGAUAUGGUCUACCCUUGCAAGACUUCCUUUUUGAGUCACCUGAUGGUAGGCGCUACCUGAACUUCAGUUUUGGAUGUCCUCUUGCGGAGACUGUGGUCGACAAGUUGACCAUCAAGGUGGUGCUGCCGGAGGGCUCGAAAAACCCAUCUGCUGUUGUUCCUUUUGCAGUGGACCAGCGUAUUGAGACCAGUUUCUCGUACCUUGAUGUUGUUGGAAGGACUGUGGUGGUUUUAGAAAAGGAAAAUGUAGUUCCUGAGCACAACUCUCCUUUCCAGGUUUACUACAACUUCAAUCCUAUUUUCAUGCUCGCAGAGCCAUUAAUUGAGAGAGUUCAGAUCUCGGGGGUUUUCAAAGCUGUGCUGGCAAGUCAUUUCAGAUUAGCCUCUGUGACUGGAGCAUAUGAGAAGUAG